ACGCGCUUCCGGGCCAAUGGGAAGGUAGCCUGCCGUGCCGUGGGGCACGUGGCUGCCGCACAUGUCCGCCGCGCGCAGAGUCAGGAAACCUGACUGAACUUGAACAAAGGCAGGAAGAAAAACCCUGUGCUUUUAACGUAGCUGCACCAGCAUUGCCUUUCUGCGUAGAACAUAGGCGGUACUCAUCAUUGCUGUAACCAACAAACAGGAAUCAUAAUAUGCAAAACAUCUUCUCUAGAAGAAAGAUACCCCCACAGUCUAGAAAAUUUAUUUUUGUGAAAAAAGAUUUUACCAUAAAGGACUCGCAGAAUAAGCAUUUUGAAACAGAAGCUUGUACAGUUUGACAGCCGUUCCGUUUUUAUUAAUAAACGUCCCCAUGCAAGCUGUAUUUUUCAUUUUAUAGCUUCAUCAGAUAGAGUGAAAUAAUAGUGAGAUAAUUUCAUCUUAUGAUGGCACUCUUUUCUCAGACUGGUCAGCAGGGUUUUCAGGCUUUGCUGUGGAAAUGUCACAUGCUCUGGCCUGUUUCAAGAUGCCGACAGCUGUUUGCUGCCUCUUUCAGCAUCCCCGGUAGGGAAAAAAUUAACUAUUUCAGUUUUAUGACAUCUUCCAGCACUGCACUACCAGUGGAUCCCAAAGAAACUGAUGUCUUACCUACCAAGAAAAGGUCUGAAAUUGAUCAUGAAGAAGAAAAAGAGUGGGAUGAGGAGACUGAAGAAGUACCUGAAGGGAAAUUCCACUUUUCCUCCUCUAUUGGAGCUGCAAAGAAAUGGUCAACAAGUCAAGUUCUGUCAAGGCAUAGGUUUAGCAUUGUACAGCCUCCAGAAAAACCUUUGCAGGCUGAGGAAUGGAACAAGCUAAGGGAAGAUUACCAGUCACCUGGAAAAUUUGAAGAGGUGAUGCUGAACAAUAUGAUCAGGUGCAACAGCCCCAUUGAUGUGGCCAAGUCCUUGCUGACCGACCUGGCGAAGCGUAAUGGUGACAUUGCAUAUAAUGUGUUGGUCAAAUACCUGACGCUGUGUGUCCGGCAGGGCCAGGUUUCAGAAAUCCGUGAUGUGUACGAUAUAAUGAAAGUCAGAUUUAAGGUUUUAGAAAGUGGGGCUUACAGCCUUCUUAUCAGGGGACUGAGUAAUUCAGAUCAGUGGAGAAUGGCCUUGACUCUUUUGGAAGAAGUAAAAAAGAUUAUGAUUCCCUCACGAACGUGCUAUGAAUCUUGUAUCAAAGCAGCCAGCCGUCACCAAGAAAUGAAACUCGCCUUUGAACUGUACGAGGCAAUGUUGGCUAAAGAUGUGGUCCCAACCUUGGGUAUCCUGCAGUCAUUUUUUGACUUCAGCAGGCACAUGAAAGAUGAGGAGUUACAAAAAAAGCUCUUCGGUAUACUCUUAUAUUUGAGAGAGAACCAAAUAUACCCUCACAAAACAUUUAUGCAGAGUAUAAAGCUGUGGUUUGAAAGUAUACCAGGGGGGAACUGGAGAGGACACCUGACCAACAUUAAAGACAGUGGACGAUGCCCAGUUUGUAACCAUCAGCUGGAGGAUAGUAACCUCACUGAAGAGGAGUAUAGUAAUCUCAGCAAGAGAAUAAUAAAGGACGUGAUACAUGGAACAGACACUUUUAGAAAGACAAGUCCACAGGAAUUUGAGGCCUUUCAGACAUUUGUGGAAAAUCGACUUCCGUUUGAUAUUGUUAUUGAUGGACUCAAUGUUUCCCACAUAAAAGCCAGAAGGAUGCAGUGUGAAAAUCUGUUUGAUGCUGUCAACUGCCURGCAAAAGAGAAUGCCCGGUUGCUUGUGCUGGGCCGCAAACAUAUGCUGAAGAACUCUUCAAAUUGGAAAAUAGAGAUUAUGAAGGAGAUGCAGAACAAGGCAGACUUUUUCUUUGCAGAAAAUAUCUCUGACGACGAUGCCUUCUUAUUAUAUGCCACACUCCGAUCAGGCAAGCAUUGCAAGUUUGUUACUAGAGAUUUCCUCCGGGAUCACAAGGCUUGUCUUUCCGACAGCGGGAUGCGUCAUCUGUUCCGUAAGUGGCAGCGUGGACACCAGAUAGCGUUCUCCGCUUCUGCAGAAGGGAGUAUAAAAUUUUUGCCUGCUUUCUGUUAUGACUGUGUGGUACAGACUACAGGUGAUACAUGGCAUAUUCCCUAUAAAGAUGUUUUUGAAGAAAAAUAUUCAUAUCAAGUACCAACAAAAUGGCUCUGCAUUCGACAGAAAUGAUGAAGAAUGUAMUUGGACAAGCUGAAGCGGCUUUUUUUUUUCAAUCACUCCUGCUGGCUAGAACUCAGUAGGACAAUUAUGGGAUUAAUGUGUGAGGUGUGUAAGUAAAGAAAAUUCAAUGACUGCAUUUUGUUAAAAUCAUUCCUGUGUACAUCUGUUAACAUCAAUGGUGAUCCAGCAGGGAUGAAUUAGGUCCAUUAUUCCAUUAUUUCCAUUUUUACAGGCAAUUUCUGUGAUUUAAAUUAAAAUUUGAUUUUUCCUGUUGGAAUAACAGUUUGGAGGGUUUUAUCUUUUAUUUUUCUCAAGCUUUUCAUCUACACUGAAAUUCAUAAACUCUGUACUUUGAAGAAAUUAAGCAGGACUUGCAAAGGACCUUCAGAGUUUAUGAGGUUGAUCUUGCCACAGUGUUGCACAAUAUCUAUCUCUAAUCAAUGAGGCUAAGGGGGACAAAGGGUACAUUUACCAUUCACCAGACACACACAGACCUGAUACUUCCUCACUCUAAUUAGCAUUCAUUUAAUCAUUAAUUGAUUCAUGGAAUGCAAGAUUGAUUAUAGCAACAUAUAGUAAUUUUCUUUUAAGAAUAAGGAAACAACUAGUAGAAUGUUUUGUGGCUCUUGCACACUCUUAAAUUUGCCAUUUGUGACAGGAUUUGGCAUCACUGCAGUAGUUUGCUUAUGGAAAUGUAUGUAAUUUUUAAAUGAAAAUUGAUAGCUAGAAAUUUUCAAAGAUAGUAAUAGGACAGAACUGGUUCUUGUAUGUGGCUAUAAAAUCUAUCCCAAGUUGUAAAACAAAAAAAUAGUAUAAAUUACAAGAAAAGUGUUCUAAGUUAUUUGUAAGCAUGUGUAUGUGUUUGUUUAUUGCCCAUACAACUUUAAUGUCAACCUUUCUCCUCCCAAAACAUAGAAAUGCCUCAUAAAUCUCAGAUCAAAUAUCCUAGGUUUGUCACAAGUGUCUCGUACACUGGAAAGUCUCUGUCUGAAACUGAGAUGAACCAUGAACCAUGCAGAUCUUUUUGUACAGAACUUGCACUUCGGAGCUCUUGCAGUGCCCCAUGGCAAGCUCUCUCAGGACUCCUAGCAUUCAAGCAUGUUCCCUGCUAUUUUUUUUUCCGGGAUAGUUCUGACACAUGUUCUACUUCUGGUAUCAGUUUGUAGACCAGCAGCUGUGAUUUGCAUAUGGUCAUGUUCUUCAGGUACUGUGCAGAAAGUAUUAAGGAGUUGGGUACCUGUUAA